ACAUACUAGAUGGAUUCAGUGGACUGAGAGAGGCGUUACGCUCCCCAAGCACACCAGUUUUUCCUCCAAAUAGGAAUACAACAAGGCUCUUUUUGUGUGUGUAUUGCUUGCCGCCUUCUCAAAUGGAUAUCGGUUGUUUCACGGCGGCGCAGCGUCUGUCGUGCCACGCCAUGAAUGCGGAUUUAACCAACAAGCCUGCCGCUGAGGGAGCCCAGCAAGCCGGCGCUCCGGGAGCCAAAGCCGGCCGCUCGAAAUCGGAGUCUGCCAAACCGGAGUUGGCUCAGGUGGUGACCGACGUCAGGACGGGACGGUCGUACAGCAAAGGGAAGCUUUUGGGAAAGGGUGGCUUCGCGCGAUGCUACGAGAUGACGGACCUGUCGAACAACAAAAUGUUUGCCGUCAAGGUGAUUCCACAGAGCAGAGUGUCCAAACCGCACCAGAGGGAGAAGGUACCACAUUUUCCCCUCUACCAAAUAAAAACCAUCUGUGGAACCCCCAACUACUUGGCCCCCGAGGUACUCAACAGGCAGGGCCAUGGCACAGAGUCGGACGUUUGGUCCCUCGGAUGCGUCAUGUACACGCUGAUGUGCGGCAACCCGCCCUUUGAGACUCUUGACCUGAAAGAGACGUACAAAUGCAUCAAGGAAGUUCGGUACAACCUGCCCUCUGGGCUCUCGCCCGCUGCGCAGAAACUCAUCUCCAGCAUCCUGCAGAAAACCCCCAGCGACAGACUCAGCCUGGAUCAAAUUCUCAACCAUGAAUUCUUCACCAAAGGUUUCACUCCCGACAAGCUCCCCCCCAACAGCUGCGUAACGGUGCCCGAGCUCCAUCCCCCCAGCCCGGCCAAGAAAUUCUUCACCAAGGUGGCCAAGAGUCUCUUUGGCAAGAAAAAAGCGAAAGCGGAGAAGGCGCCUUGUGAGGAGAAAGAGGACAAAGAUAUUUCCAAGCUGGUGUCCGGCAUCGUCAAGUGCUCCAUCAACCGCCAGAUCAGCUACAAAACCGUCGGCCCAAAUGAGGUGCCCACGCCCACCGGUCAACUGGUCAACUCGGUGCCUUUGGAGCAGACCCCUGCUGAGGAGGAAUCCAGGAAGUCCAUCUCGCGCUCCUUCAAAGGCACCAUGGCCAACAGCUCAGAACCUUGUGAGGAUGUUGUUACUCCCUCCUUUGUGGCUGAAUCUGCCAUGAAGGUUCUCAGUGGCUGCUUGGCCAUCAUGCCUGCAGCCACAAGAAACCCACCGUGCCUGUCCAGGCCCCAAUCCUUCCUGUGGGUCACCAAAUGGGUAGACUAUUCCAACAAAUACGGUUUUGGCUACCAGCUGUCAGACCAAAGCAUCGGGGUGCUCUUCAACGAGGGCACACACCUCAGCCUCUGUGACCAACGCAAGACGGUCCACUACUGCUUGACCAACAACAAGCACUUUAGCUUCCCUGCCAGCUCGCUACCGGAGCAGCUUCGGAACCAGAAACAAAUUGUCGAGCUCAUGGCCAAUUACAUGGAACAAAAUCUCAUGGAGGGUGGUGAUAUUCACUGUCAUGAACUAGUUCCCGGUCCUCCUCCUCUGCUGCUGCAGUGGGUGAAGACGGACCACGCGCUCGUCAUGCUCUUCAACAAUGGAACGCUGCAGGUAAACUUCUACACCGACCACACGAAGAUCAUCCUGUCCAAGUCUUUGGAUUCGUACCUGCUGACCUACAUCAGCCGCGAGCGCGUCUCCUACACGUACCUCUUCAGCAUGCUGAGCGAAAUGGGCUGCACGGCGGAGCUGCGGCACCGCCUCAGAUACGUCCUCCAUCUCCUGCAGCACCACGCCGACGCCUGAGAAGAAGAGGAUGAAGAAGAAGAAGAAAAAAAAAACAACAACAAAAAAGACUGGCCAACUGUGACUUUCGAGGCUCAAUGACCGGCUCCAGCUUGAUUGGUUGACUCUUUUGCGGUGCCGUAACGGGCCUCCUCGACCCAUGGGGACUGCUGCCGAGAUGGCUGAUGAUGUGAUAUUCCUGCCACUUUGAUCAGAUGACGCGUUUGCCUCCAGGGUUUGUGCCUGUCCAAAGUUUAUUUGGCGAUAUCUAAUGAUUGGAUACUCCAUGACGGAUGCCUAAAAAGGGGAAAAAAAAAAAGUAUAACCCAACCACCAAUUCUACUUCUUGGUUGCAUGGUGCCAGUGGAGCCUACCGCUUUCUGCCUCUCCUUAUCGAUGUAGUUCUGGGUGUGGUGUCUCCAUGGUAACGAAACACUUAAUUGCAACUUGUAUUGGUUGAAAAGAUGGUGGUGGGCCCUCUUCUUUUUCUUCUUCUACCCUCUCUGCCGCUUCCUGACCUGUGGACACUGGUGCACUCAUUCGUUUUUUUUUUUUUUUUUUGGGGGGGAGGGUGGCGCGUUUUGUGUUCAGUUUUUGCAAAAAGAUGUGAGCCAGCAACAGAUAACACUACGAUCUUGAUUUACCUCACACGCACACUUGACAUUCCUGGCCAUAUUUGGAUGGUGAGGUCUGGCGAAAUCCUUUGCUUCUCCUGCGUCAUUGUCACCUAUUUCGUUAGAAGUGUUCACUAACAUGGUGCAAGGAGUAAUUAAGGGACGACGGGAGUGGCACCAUAAUGCACAGGGUUUUUUGGGUUUGUUAUUUUUUUGCAAAUCCAUACUUUUUUUUUUUUAUCUUCACUGGUUUUAUUUGAUUUUUUUAACCGUGUACCAAAAGGCCUUUUUCUUUCAUCUCAUUUUUAGAAAUACGUUUUUAAAUCAACACGUAGGUGAAUGCGUGUGUGCCCACAUGUUCUGGUAAAACAGACGGCCGGUCCGGGAAACGAAAGGAGGAGAGGAGACGAGUGAGGGAGGGGGGGUGAAAAGUGCCUUUCUGAGGGAUGUCUGUAUAGUGCAAUAACAAGCCUCUUUUGUGAAUGUCAAGCUUGACGGCUUUGUCAUGAUUUGUGCGUGCUUUUGCGCUUAAGGUCAAAAGCAAACGUCCAACGGCGCUACACUGUCACUAGCUGGUAUAAGCUUUUAAAAUGAACCCCCGCUCUCACCAAUGCAUAAUCUCCAGCAAGAUGAAAACAUGCUCGUCGUACUGUGACCCUCAUCGGUUUACAUUGGCUUUCUCGACUCAAGAGUUGUAUCCUCAAAGCUGUGACCUGGAAUGCAAAAGUGUCUCGUACAAGUGUCGUGUUUUCAGAAACAUUGUGAAAGAAAGUCUGCCAAUUUAGAAAAGACUUUAUUUUUCUGGCACAUAAUGUCCUGUUAAUUUAUAUUUUAUUUAUUCUGGUUUCUUUUUUUUUUAAGUUAUUGUGUAUAUGUAUGGUGUCGACACGAGGAAAUGUUCAAUUUCACUCACACUUUUUGUAUGUAUUGUAUGGAGGGGACAUGGGGCAAAAAUAAAGUUUGAAGAGAACAUG